CUUCCCAAAUGUAUAAGCCCUUUCUUGCGAUGCUUGAUUAACAAGGAACGACCUAAUUUAAUUCGCUUUCUGCUCCGUUGAUUCUCUGCUUUGUUGAAACUUUGAAGAAUCUCCCUCAAAACAAUUGACAAGGUGAAUUGUUCUUCUUCUUUUCACAGUUCAUCUCAAAUUCAACGCCAUUCAACUUUACGUUAUUUAUUGUUUCUCUCUAAAUGCCAAGUUGGGUGGAUAUCGGGUCAAUGCAUUUGUUUUCUGAGAGAAUUUUUUAAUUCUCUGAUGGAGUUCUUAAUGGGGAUCGUGUGCCGGUGGCUGUUUAUGAUCUUUGAAUUAUGGAAUUCUUGUAGCGACUGAUUGGUCUUGCCGGCUUGAAUUUGAACAAAUGGUUUUUAACAGUUAUGAACACUGAUAAUCCUUCCUAUAGUUAGUUUGGAUUUUGAUCUCUUACGGAUACUUUUGUGAUGAACUGCAUAAUUUUUCUUUCUUCUUGCUUCUCAUUCUGGGUUGCUCUUUAAGUUCUAGAUGUUCUGAUUUUUCGUUCCUUCACUUUUUUUUGUUGUUGUCUGCUUUUAGCUUCUGUGUUCAUUUGACAACGAUAAACAGGGGCUGCUAUUCAUAAUUUUCUUCAACCAUUAUUGAUGGAGAAGAGAUUUGUUGUCCCAUAUUGGUUGGAGAGGAGAGGAGAACGAAACAUUCCUUAUAAGGGUGUGGAAAUCUCUCUCCAGUAAACACGCUUUAAAAUCUGAAGGGAAAGCCCAAAAAGGAUAAUAUCUGCCGGUGGGGACUAGGGCUGUUACGUUUGUUCACAAAUAAAUAUAAACCUCAGGUGAUAUGGAUGAUUUGCAAACCAAACAUGAUGGUUUGACAUUGUUCUCACGAGUACCUUUUUCAAGAAGGAAGAGAAAGAGAAACGACAUCGAAAAUAUAGAUGGGAUUAGAAAGAAGCAGAAUAAGGGUGUGAAAACAGUUGAGCAAGAGAUUGAGUCAGUUGAUAUGAUCUCAGAGUUGCCUGAAUCUGUUAUUCAUCAUAUCUUGUCAUUCAUUCGAAGUGCAAAGGAGGCUGCUCGAACGAGUAUCCUGUCGAAAAAGUGGAGAGAUGCAUGGAAGUCUUUCUCCAUAUUAACAUUUGAUGAACAAAGCUUUCUCAAGACAGAAGUCGAUCUCGGUAGUGAUCUGCGAAGGCAGAUGUUUAUUAACUCCAUUGAUAACUCCUUGCUAAGCCACCUUACACGAAACUUUGGCAUUUACAAGCUAGUGUUCCGUGUAACGCCAAAGCUCAUCCUGUAUCUGAAUCGGUGGGUUGGCAUUGCGGGGGCAAACGGUUUAGGUGAGCUAGAUAUCCAUGUUGAGAAGUCACCCAGACAUUACAUUGUGCCACCAUUUAUGAACUCUAUCAAGACUCUAACUGGAUUGAGAUUGCAUGGUCUUAAAUGGUCAAGUUUUGCAGCUUUAGAGUUCAAUAAUUUGCGAAAGCUGUAUCUUCGAAGACUAUACGUAGAUCAGCAGAUGAUCGAGAAAUUGGCUUCUACCAGUCCUUUAAUUAUGGAUUUGAGAAUUGUAGAAUGUCGAGGAUUAAAAAAUUUGCAGAUUUCAGGUUUUCGAAAGCUCGAAAGGGUUGACAUGUAUCAAUGUCAUGGUCUAAGAAGGGUUGAGCUCCAAGUUACUAGUCUGAACACAUUUUGGUUUUGUGCAAAGAAUUCUUCACGUUGUAAACUUAACUUAGAGUCCUGCACAUCCUUGAAGAGGUUGACAUUAGAGAACCCAUCUAUGACAGAUACUUUCCUUAAUAAGCUACUUUUCAGCUUUCCAGCCCUCGAGAAAUUGAUACUCAGCAGAUGCAACAAGUUAAAGCAUAUUGAGAUAUCAAAUGUCAAGCUCCGGAGUCUAGGCUUGAGAAGUUGCAACAAUCUGAAAAUGGUUGAUAUUGGUACUGUAAAUCCUUGUUCAUUAGACUAUAAAGGCCACAAGAUGGUUUUUAUGCUCGGUCAGUUGUGCCUAAAGGAGGCAAUUUUUUCUUUCGGUUUGAAUGAGAAAGACGGUGCAGCUGAUAUUCCGUGUCGAAAUUUAGUCAUCCAUUCUUUUCUUCGAUAUUAUUGUGAAGGUUUUACGAUCAUCGUCUGGUUUCAUAAGAAUAUUAUAAUUCAUGACGAGAGCAAAGACAUCCUCCUUCCUCCUCUCCCCCAUCUCAAGCUUCAUGUAAUCAAGUCAUCUACAGAUCCCAAAGAUUUAUUAGACGGUUUGUUGACGACAUGGCACCCGGAGAGGAUAAUUGUAGUGUCAUCUCCUAGCAGUGAUGUUCCAAAUGCGUUGCGCAAAAUAAAAGGAGUAGCGGACCCAAGCUGCUGCGGCUGCAACAGUUCAAACAGAAAAUGCUGGUGCCAUUUCUUGGAGGACGCCAAGAUUGUGAACAUUGCAGAAACUGAAGGUAUAUCAGGUCAGUUUUAUGGCCUGAAAUUGCAGAAUAGGAUAGACCAAAUAACUUGUAUGCGGCUACUUUGGGAGCCUUCUGUGCAUUUUGGUAAAAGCAUAGGGUUUGAUUCAUCACCAAACGAAAAACAGUGAUGAAGGGCUAUGAGGAAAUAUUCCAUACUAAUUAACUUUAGAGUUAUAUUUGCAGCUUGCUUGGUAAUCUGUAUGUAUUAUGUACUGUGGGUUCAAAUUUCUUUUCCUUUAUAUA